CUAUUGUAGUGGAAGCUAUUGAAAUAGAUGGAUAAAAUACGGUGUUUGUCGAUAAUGUUAUGGUGAAAACAUAUUUGUCUGAAUUUCUGAUGCAAAACACGUACAUCGUAUGCUCAGCGCGUACGCUCCGAUGCGUUAUCAGCCAGCGAAUUUUUAAUAACAAACUCGUUCGACUUACUUUUCGGUAUAGAAUUGCAACAAGUUAUCAAAUAAUGGUAGACAUUAUUCGAUCCUUCAUAUCUGGGUUUUUUCAAACAGUCACACCCAAGAUGGUCUAUGCAAAUUUAAUUGGAACUCAGGAUAGAAAUAUGAUUUACCGUACCAGCCAUCCCAAUUGCAUAGCUAUCGCCAUCAGCAUCAUUGGUUUCAUAUUUUGGAAGUGCCACAAAAAGAGGAUGCCUAGCAGUCGAAAACAGGUAGAGGUAAGUGUCGAGGAAUGUCCCAUUUGCUUAGAGCCGUACGUGGAUAAAUACUGGCUGAGCUGCUGCCACACAUUCUGCUACAAAUGUCUGGUGAAAUGGACUCGCAUUAAAUUGCAAUGUCCCAUGUGCAGACAUCCAAUCACCGAUUCAAUUCCCUGGAUCAAAGACUCUCCGUCAGAUGAAAUCAGCGAUUACGAACCAGAUCCCAAUGUUGAUGCCGAGGACGACGAAGUUGUAAUUUUAGCUGAACAACAACCGGAUGAUAACUGGGUUUUAUAUCUUGACGAUGAAGCAAUCGAAAUGCCUAUGCCAAUAUCGGGAAGUAGGGUGUUUGUUGAAGUACUAAUGAAUACCGACGAAUUUCACCUUGCGUUAUUGGACGGUAUUGGUCGCAUAGUCGGAGAACAUCUCGACAUUUCAAGGUCUGACUAUGAAAUUCUUUUCCUUUCAAACAUCGACCUACGUGUAUAACCUGAAAGCUUUCUGAUGGUCGUCUAAAUGGAC